AUGACUUCAAAUGAGACAGACAUUUAUGUUGAGAAUCUACUUCUCUGCUAUCCACUUCUACCGGACUCGUGUCCCAGAGCGAAUCGGCUUACUGUAAUUAAAUUGGCAAUGUACACUGUCAUGCUGUGCAUGAUCAUCACCACAGUUUUUGGGAACCUGCUGGUCAUCAUCUCCAUCUCGCACUUCAGACAGCUUCAGUCUCCAACUCAUCUAAUUGUUCGCUCUCUGGCUGCCAGCGACUGUCUGCUAGGUUCUUUGGUCAUGCCAUACAGCAUGGUGCGAUCUGUGGAAGGGUGCUGGUUUUUGGGAGAUGUUGUUUGUAAAGUUCAUUCUAGUUUGGAUAUGACUUUCAGCAUCUCUUCUUUAAUACAUCUAAGUUUAAUAUCUGUUGACAGGUACUGGGCCAUCUGUGACCCUUUAAGGUACAAAAUGAGGGUGACAAACAACACUGUGACUGUUUUUACUACCUUCACGUGGCUGUUUUCCUUUUUGUACAGCUUUUCUAUUGUAUUUUCAGGUGUAAAUGCAAUCGGUCUAGAAUUGUUCAUUUUGCAGAUUUAUUGUGUGGGAAAUUGUGUUCUGUAUUUUAACAAACAGUGGGGUCUUGUUUGCUCACUUCUCACGUUCUUCCUUCCAGGGACUAUCAUGAGCUCUUUGUAUAUGAAAAUCUUUCAUGUUGCAAGAAAACAUUCAAAGGUUAUGUCUGAAAGAGUGACUAUGGGGGCUAAAGGGGAAAUGAAAAGUCAAAGCUCUGCGCAGAGAGAGAGCAAGGCAGCUAAGACUCUGGCCAUUGUUAUGGGUGUGUUUUUUCUCUGCUGGCUGCCCUUUUUUACUGCCACUGCUAUUGAUCCUUUCCUCAAUUUUGUGAUUCCAGGUGAUGUUUAUGAUGCUUUGGUUUGGUUUGGGUACUUUAACUCGACUUGUAACCCACUGAUCUAUGGUUUUUUUUAUCCUCGCUUUCAGAAGGCCUUUAAGAUUCUCAUAUCCACUUAUGCCUGUGGCUUCAAUUACUUAAACACCGUAACACUUGAAUGA